GAGGAAGGAGGCUCCGGGAGCAAGCGAGACAAAAAGGGUCAGGCCUGGGACUUGGGAAAAUCGGGAGAGCGGCGAGAAGAGGGAUCAUCUCUCAUUUCUUUUUUUUUUCCCCCCCUUUGAGUUUAUUUUCACCUCACCUUCACCCACAUCCCCCAUUAUCAAACAUCAAGACCCCCGACAAUGCCGUCCAACGCUGUCACCAACACCAACACCGCCACAUUCAAAGGCCCGGACUAUGCUGAUUCGCCUGGAAACAGAAUGGGUGAAAGCACAAUACUGGACAUGGACCUGAUGACGGAGGAGAAGUCAGCUAAAAGCAGUGCCUCUUGUAAAGUUGGCAAGCCUGGAAGGAAGCGCAAGCAGUUUCCAGUCGAGAGCUGUGGCGCUCUCAAAGGCAGCGUGGGUGUGGGCAACAGCUACACCGGGGUGGGUAGGCCGUCCAUAGCACAGGUCCACAAUGGAGACGUGGGCGGGCACAGAGACAGGACAUCCGACGCCUGCUUCCCCAAACAGGAGAAGAGGGAAGUGGAGAACGGGUUCCCCAGAGACCCUUCCUCCUGCCGGGCAGAGGACAGCUCCCAGGGCCAGAGCCGGAGCCCGUCCCAGGAGAACGGAUUCCUGCUCCGCAGGGAAGAGCGCGACUCUGAGAAAGACAAGGACGACAGCCUGACGACGCCGAGCAAGAAACGAGGGAGGCGGAAACUGGAGCGCCCAACGAAAUAUGUGGAGCACAAGGAGGAGGACGGGGGUGAUGCAGUCAAGACCGAGGGAGGUCGAGGCAGGCUGCGAGGGGGAGUUGGUUGGGAGAUCAGCCUUCGUCAGAGGCCCAUGCCCAGAAUAACCUUCCAGGCUGGUGACCCUUAUUACAUUAGCAAGCGGACCAGAGAGGAGUGGCUGGCCAAGUGGAAGAUGGAGGCAGAGAAAAAGGCCAAACUGAUGUCAGCGAUGAACGCGAUGAAGGAUCACGAGGAGAACGAAUGCGAGGCCCAGAGAGAAGAAGUGUCAAUAAUCAAACACCCAUCGCCUUCAAAGCUGCAGCAGCAGCAGCUGCUGCCGCCGCCGCCACCACCUCAGUCGCACACUCAGUCACAGCCUCAGUAUCAACAGCAAUCACAGCCGUCGCUGCCACAGCAACAGCAACAACAUCAGCCGCCGCCUCAGCAGCAGCAGCAGCAGCCUACUGACCCCGCUUCCCCCACCGUGGCCACGACCCCUGAGCCUGUCGCCAUCGGAGGUGGAGACAAGACAUCCCCCAAGUCUGCAGACACUGAGCCCGAGUAUGAGGACGGUCGUGGUUUUGGCAUCGGCGAGCUGGUUUGGGGGAAGCUGCGAGGGUUCUCGUGGUGGCCAGGCCGCAUCGUAUCCUGGUGGAUGACGGGACGGAGCAGAGCUGCUGAGGGAACCAGAUGGGUCAUGUGGUUUGGAGAUGGAAAAUUCUCAGUGGUCUGUGUAGAGAAACUCUUGCCUUUAAGCUCCUUCAAUAAUGCUUUUCACCAACCAACUUACAACAAGCAGCCCAUGUACAAGAAAGCCAUCUAUGAGGUGCUACAGGCGGCUAGCAGUCGGGCAGGCAAAGCCUUCAUAGCCUGCCCUGACAGUGAUGAGACAGAAACCUCCAAAUCAGUGGAAAUGCUGAACAAACAGAUGAUUGACUGGGCUAUGACAGGAUUUCAGCCCACUGGACCCAAGGCCUUAGAGCCACCAGAGGAGGAGCGUAACCCAUACAAAGAGGUUUACCCUGAGAUGUGGGUGGAGCCAGAAGCUGCAGCCUAUACGCCUCCUCCAGCCAAAAAGCCUCGCAAAAGCACAGCAGAGAAACCCAAGGUCAAGGACAUCAUUGAUGAGAGGACACGAGAGCGGCUCGUUCAUGAAGUGAGACAAAAGUGCCGCAGCAUAGAGGACAUUUGUAUCUCCUGUGGAAGUCUGAAUGUCAGCCGUGAGCACCCGCUGUUCGCUGGAGGAAUGUGCCAGAGCUGUAAGAACUGCUUCCUAGAAUGUGCAUAUCAAUAUGACGACGAUGGUUACCAGUCGUACUGCACUAUCUGCUGCGGAGGACGAGAGGUGCUCAUGUGUGGAAACAACAACUGCUGCCGGUGUUUCUGUGUGGAGUGUGUCGACCUCCUCGUUGGUCAAGGAGCCGCACAUGCAGCCAUCAAGGAGGACCCGUGGAACUGCUACAUGUGUUGUCAGAAGGGUGUGUUCGGUCUACUGGGGCGUCGCACCGACUGGCCCAGCCGCCUCCAGCACUUCUUCGCAAAUAACCACGACCAAGAUUUUGACACACCAAAGCUUUACCCCCCAGUCAUGGUGGAGAAGAGGAAGCCCAUUCGUGUCCUGUCGCUAUUUGACGGCAUAGCAACAGGGCUGCUGGUGCUGAAAGAACUCGGCAUCGAAGUGGAUCGCUACGUAGCCUCUGAAGUGUGCGAAGACUCCAUCACCGUGGGUAUCGUCCGGCAUCAGGGUCGCAUCAUGUAUGUCGGCGAUGUGAGGAACGUCACGCGCAAACACAUACACGAGUGGGGUCCUUUUGACCUAGUUAUUGGUGGAAGCCCAUGCAAUGACCUCUCUAUAGUCAAUCCUGCGAGGAAGGGUCUUUAUGAGGGCACCGGCCGCCUGUUCUUUGAGUUUUACAGGCUGCUCCACGAGGCUCGGCCCAAGGAGGGCGACGACCGGCCUUUCUUCUGGCUCUUUGAAAACGUGGUUGCCAUGGGCGUCAGCGAUAAGAGGGACAUAUCUCGCUUUUUAGAGUGCAACCCAGUGAUGAUCGAUGCCAAGGAAGUGUCUGCUGCCCACCGCGCCCGCUACUUCUGGGGUAACCUUCCUGGCAUGAACAGGUUGGUGUGUGAAUGGCCUUUGAGUGCGAUGUGCAGCGACAGGCUGGACCUCCAGGGCUGUUUAGAACACGGCAGAACAGCUAAGUUUGACAAGGUGAGGACCAUCACCACCAGGUCUAAUUCCAUCAAGCAGGGCAAGGACCAGCACUUCCCCGUCUACAUGAACGAGAAGGAGGACAUCCUCUGGUGCACUGAGAUGGAGAGGGUCUUUGGCUUCCCAGUCCACUAUACGGACGUGUCCAACAUGAGCCGACUGGCAAGGCAGAGGCUGCUGGGCAGAUCAUGGAGCGUCCCGGUUAUCCGCCACCUGUUUGCACCACUCAAAGAUUACUUUGCCUGUGUUUGAGCGGCAAGAAAACUCGGAACCGUUUAGGAACUGCAACUGUACGUUGUGACUAGAAAUAAGAGCCUUGAUCCUCAAGUUAUACUCUUGUAUAAUUUGCGAGCGAAACAUUGACGUAGAUUUCACAUUAUUUCUUGUAUUUGAAUUGUAAUUCUUAUUCUAUUUAAUUUUGAUAUGUCAUUUUACCUUUUAGCAGUGUUAUCAAGUAUUGUUGAUUUGUUUGUGCAAGCUAUACUUGAGACUAUGCUUUCUUCUCAAGACACUGAGACGGAAAAAGUGCUGAGCAUGUUUUUUUUAAAGGAGACGGUGACGCGAUGGGAAAGACCCGAGAGAUAGGAAGCGGUUUUGAGAUAUGUGAAAAGUUUCUGCUGUGUGAGCGUACUGUACGUCGGGGCUGCGAGAUUCCCACCUGCGGUGCAGCCAUGCUUCCAGCUACUGAGCCUCACAGAGAUGUGAAGAGAAAGGCGAUUUUCUUCAGUGUCAGGAGAGCCGUGUCUCUAAGAAUCCAAAACACCAGAUCACAUAUACCUCUUUGUUUACAGUUUCUAUACACAACUGAAGGUAAUAAAGGUACUACUGUAAUAUGGUUACAAUACCAUGGUGCUCCAAGAUGAUGAGAAACAUCAUAGCCCAUGUGGCACUACAACUUAAGACAACACGGAGCGCUUUAAGCUGUUGCUGGAAAAACAUGUGUUGAUGUUUUUACACUUUAUGAAAAAAAAAAUCUGUUCUGUGCCGUUUUGUUCACUUCAGAGGAGUCGGAGUGACACACAGUAUACUGCAAAAUAGACAGAGCAUAUCCUCUUUUCUGCAUUUUACAGCUUUUAUACAGUUUGUACUGGUGCUCACAGGCGUGGAGGCAGUUUGGAAACUGGUGCUCGUUAAUCUCUCAGCCUUGCCACACUCAGGCUCACUACCUGGAUCCGCACAAACAGAAAGUGAAGCUAGCCACAUGGGAAAUGAUGUUUUCCGUCAUUCAAAAAAAAAAAAAAAAAAAAAAAAAGACAAAAAAAAACCAGAAGAUCAACGUCUGUGAAACUAUUUUUGUGUUCUAGUUUCAUCCUGACCAAUGACAUUACUGUACAACUGUUAAGGUGUGGUCGCUGGAGGGAGGGAGGCCGACUCCGCCCCUCAGCUUCCACCUCUCUCAACUGAAAAACUGUCAGGUGUAAAUCCUCAAACAACAUGGUGCGGCUUCACAAAGUUCUUCUACCUUUUUAUAGCAAUUUUGUGCUGUUUUAUCAACAUUAUAAAGCACUUUUAUAUGUAUACUUUCUUUUUUUCUUGAUAUUUUAAAAAAAAGAUAUUGGUUCUUGUGAAUUGUUUUUUUUUUUUGUUUGGUUUUAUGAUGUGAACUGAUCUACCCUCGUGUAAUACUUUUUGUAUACAGUAGGGCUGUGCCAAUAGAAGUGAAAGAAUGGAUUUUGAUAUGUGAAACCCAUGUUAUUUGACUUGGUGUACAGUAGAUGGAUUGACAUUUGUGACCCCUUCUCCCCCUUUCCUCCAUCAUCCAUAUUGUUCUCUGUUUGAAAGCAGCGAUACAGUAUGUUGCUACCCAGAUUCAAAGAAUGUCUAUUUCUAUUAAGAUUGUAAGAUGCGCGGCAGAGUUGAAGAACUGUGCCGCGCGUUCUCUGUGUAAUAUUUUGUCCCUUGUGAAGGACAGCCGGCCCAGAUGAACCGUAGUCGCCAUGUUGACAAAAUUAAGUGCUGAUCCAGAUUUGGAUUACGUUCACAAACUAAAUUCUCUUGAUUGUAACCUCUGAGCUGAAUAUGGAGGAUUUAGGCUGCAGUUUGUCAAAACGAAAAACUGACACAGUGCCGGGCAACGGUGGUCGGCACUCAAAGAGUAAAGAGGGUAAUAAAAACAGAUGCUAUCGCUUAUCUAUAUCAUAUUUAAGAUUCUAAAUUUGAAAUUUAAUUUCUUAAUGUAAUUAAUUUCUUAAGUGACCUUAUUGCCAUCAUUUUUCUCCAUGCACUCUGCGCUCAGUAUGAGCUCUCGUGCUUUGUGAUUUUUUAACUAGAUGUUACCCCCCCUUCCUGCUAUCAUACUUAACAGCCCCUCACGUUUGUACAUUUUGUACAUAGAGUUUUCCGGUUGCUGUUUUCAAUUUUUUUUUUUUGCUCUUUUUUUUUAAUUACCUAUGAGAUGUACAAAUAUAAUUCUUUGCUAAUAUAUAUCAUCAAAUUAGGGAAAAAUUUAGGUUAAAAAUAAAAAUCAAGUGACAAAUUUGAUUCAAAACUUUGCUUUGCUACAUUAGAUGUAGGGAGACUCCAAGUCAACUUUUCUCGUACUGAUUUGUUCGUGUCAAGUGAAUCCAGAUUUAGUGUCAUGUGAUCUUAAUAGUGGCCUGCGGACAGCUUUAAGAUGAGCGCUCUCAACUUCACUGCACAGCCCUACACGGUGGUGUUUUGUUCUGUUCUGUUCUGCUUCUGUUUUCUUUUGUAAGACUUUUAAAAAGAGGGAUUGUAGGUGUUUCCGAUGGUGCUAAACAUUUUAUCUAAUCAAGAAAAGUAUAUUUGAUUGGAAGAGAAAUAAACAUGUCUUGACAAUGACUGUUUUUAAGUUCCUUGUAGUAAUGGAAAAAGAACUAUUAUUUCACUCAUAUAAAUAUAUUAACAAAGGCAUUUUAACUUUGUACUUGAAAAAAUAAGGAUAACAAAUAAUGAAAGGUUUCCUAUAUUGUUUUAGACUAGAGAUUGCUGUAGUUGGUGCUUAUCUGUGGGAAAAUUGUGUGAGAAAAAAAACGGUAAUAACUUUUACUGUAGCAUAAUGUAUGCUUAAUACGCAUUGCUUCUUAAUCCUACAUUCCAUGCCGUACUAUUCUCCAUGUCUGUUUUCAAAAUGUUGUUUUGAAUUGAUUGUUUUUUGGGUUUUUUGGUUUUUUUUUUAAUCAGAAACAACAUUUCAUUUUUACUGUUCAAGGCAGGUCAAUAAUCCUAUAUUCGGUGAUACUGUUGACACUCUGUGUGACUUUCUUUCUGUCAUAACUGUUUAUGGCCUAUACGCUUUUCCUCAAGACCAGUUCGUACAGCAAAUGUAGCAGUCAUUCUCCACUUUGACCCCCCACCUCGCCCCACCAUCCUUAUGUUUAGUGUCCAGAGAGAAGAUAAAGGCUCCGUAUGUACUUGUGCUGGAGAACACUUGAAUAAAUGUAUUGUUUUUGUG